AUGCCUGACAACAAUCCGGAUCUGUCUUCGCUGCAGAGCACAACGUACCCCAGCAAUUGCCUACAAUUUCUAAAGCCAUUUCGCACUGCAGAUGGUGAGACUCGCAGUAACAUUGCCUUGAAGAUCAUUGUCGUCGGAGCAGGACUCGGAGGGCUAUCAACUGCCAUCGCGCUCGCCACACAGGGCCACAAGGUGACAGUCUACGAACAAGCACCACAACUCGGAGAGGUCGGCGCAGGAAUCCAAAUCCCCCCCAACUCCGCCCGCCUCCUGAAUAAACUCGGCGUCGGUCCCUACCUCGCGAGAUGCGCGACCGAGCCCGAGGGAAUGACAUUCCGUCGGUGGGAGAAUGGGGAUGCCAUCGGAUAUACACGACUCAUUCCGGGGUUCCGGGAGACGUUCGAUGCGCCAUACUAUGUCAUUCACCGGGCGGAUUUCCAUUCGGCACUCGUCCACCGCGCCCGCGAUUUGGGGAUUGAGAUUAAGCUCGGAUGUAAGGUUACGGGGUAUGAUUUGGAGGGGACAGAGAUUCGGCUUGAGUCCGGGGAGUGUGCUGGUGCGGAUCUUGUUGUCGCGGCGGAUGGAAUCAAGUCCCUCGCCCGGGCGCUACUUCAAGAGGGCGCAGACAAAGCAGUCGGGAAAUUGGGAUUUGCGGCGUACCGUGCAACAGUCGACGUUGGCGCUCUGAAAGCAGACCCAGACACCGCGUGGCUCCUCGAGAAGCCAGCGCUUAAUAUAUGGAUCGGUGACAAGCGCCAUGUAAUGACAUACACAAUCGGAGCCGGAAAAUCCUUCAACAUGGUUCUCUCGCAUUGGGAUCCCCGCGACCCAGCCACAUGGGACCAGAGCACUGCGUUGGAAGAUAUGCGCCGCGAGUUUAGCGGAUGGGAUUCUCGGUUAACGAAGAUCAUCGGCAUGAUCGAAAACACGAUCAAGUGGCCUUUGGUUAGCACUCCCGCACUGACCAAAUGGUUCGAGGGAAAUGUUGUCGUUUUGGGUGAUGCUGCGCAUGCAAUGCUGCCGUACAUGUCACAGGGCGCCGCAAUGGCAGUAGAAGACGGCGCCGCCCUAGCAUGCGCCCUGAGCCACAUAUCAUCUACGACCGAGAUCCAGCACGCCCUCUUAAUAUUUGAAGAGGUCCGCGCAGAGCGCACGCGAAUGAUGCAGGACGCAAGUCUGCUAAAUGGACAGCUGUGGCAUUUCCCCGAUGGCCCAUUGCAGCAGGCGCGUGAUGAAGCGAUGAAGCCCGAGACACUGGGAAUCCCGUUCUCGCAUAGCCCGAACCAGUGGAGUGACCCGGCGACGCAGAUGUGGGCGUAUGGGUAUGAUGCGGAGAGGGCGAUUGAUGAGGCGUUUUGGCGGAAGAAGAACAGCGGCUGA